UUCUGAUUUGGGCCACCAACUAACCCAAAAUUUCAAAGCGCGUAUAUAAAUAAGCCGGAGGACUCCAUUGGCAAGUUGCCCUCUCUCACACUCUCCCUCGGUCUCUACGAAAUACAUCAGCGUUUCGAUUACGGUAAUGACAAAGGUAUUCCCCAACAACGUCUAUGCGAGGCUCAAUACCACCCCGUGCUCCCCCGUCGACGGAAACGGGAACGGGAACGCAGCAAUUCUAACGGUGUGGAAGAAGUCUCUGCUGUUAAACUGUAGCGGAUUCACGGUAUUCGACUGCAAGGGGAAUCUGGUGUUUAGAGUAGAUAACUAUAUGGCCGGCAAUAAGGGUGAGAUCGUUCUCAUGGACGCUGCCGGCAAGCCUCUCCUCACCAUCCGGCGCAAGAGGUUGAGCCUAGGGGACAACUGGCUGGUGUACGAUGGGGAGUCGGCUGUGAAUCCCCGAUUUUUGGUGAGGAAGCUCAUGAAUAUCCUCAACACAAAGUGCUUGGCCCAAGUCAGCUCAGGCGGCAACAGUAACAACGUCAACGAUGAUAGAAGUGGGAGUACUGGCGCAUCAUCAUCCAGCAGCAGCAAGAACGUUUUAUAUCAGAUCGAGGGUUCCUACACGCAACGAUGCUGCGCGGUGUUGGACAAAAAGCGGAGACGGGUGGCGGAGAUCCAGCGGAAGGAGGCGGUGGGAGGAGUGGCCUUCGGUGUCGACGUGUUCCGCCUCGUUGUGCAGCCUGAAAUGGACGCACCGCUCGCCAUGGCACUGGUCCUCCUUCUGGACCAGAUGUUCGGAUCUUCCAGACGUCUUUCCCUUUCCCAUUAAUUAGAGUCCACCGCAGGCAAUUGAAUCGAACCGACCAUCCUACGUCAGCUACACACCAGCCGCACUGCCACGCCGUAUAGCUGCCACCACCGACAUCGACUGUCAGGCCCAUUUUUUUGUCGUCUUUUUUCGUUUUUCUUUCGUUUUUUGUUUUUUGUUUUUUUUUUUUCCGGUUUGGAUAUAUAUAACUUCCCAACCCUUCUCUUUUUC